AUGCCGGAUUCUACCGGUACUUGUCCUAUUGUCUAUCCAAAACAAUUGCCAGAAACUCAUACUCCAGACACUCAAUCACCUGAAGGGGUAUGUCCAGAACGCGAUGUUAGUAUCUCCUCCACAUGGGACUGUUUAUCUUGUACAUAUAUAAACAUUAGUGACCUUGCAGUCUGUGCAAUGGGUAACACUCAACGGACACAUCAAUCCACGAUGCCCGCUCACAUGGUUGAACCAGGUCAACAGAAUAAUGAUUUGAAGCCCAUGCCAGCAGUCGAUCCUUUUCCUGUUGUGAAGCCACCGGCGAUAAAAAUUGGAAAGCUCUACGAAAACCCAGAAUCAAUAGCGAAAACUAUUGGACUCGAACGUAAAGAAGAAGCUUCGAUCUACAUUUGUGAUCUACCAGCUGACGUAGGUGAUACACAAUUAGAACAAAUGAUUCGACAGCGUCUCAAGAGCUUUUACAACAUCCAUGUACUCAAAUUGAAGUUUUAUUCCCGUAUCGAAAUUGCCAUAGCAUGGGUACCGAGCGAAGCUGAGAAAUACCAGCUUCUCGAAAUAGAAGAAACGAUCCUCACUGAUCAUCCAGCAAAACCGCGUAUUUCAUUUGUUAAAGAACUCGAACUCGUUUCGUACUUAGCUUUUGAUUCAACGGAAAAAUUCACCGGAUCCGAAAAUGAAAUCGCAUCUCUAUGGGAGAGCCGGUAUAAAUCAAGUCAAAAGCCUAGAUGUGAGCAAGUUUCCAUGUUAUUUCCAAAUAUAUUCAAAAUUAUCUCUUCAUCUAUUGACGAGCUUCUGGCGGCUGAAGCUAGCGGUCCAUUUGUAUUCAACAGACGCUUUGCCAAAAUUUAUUUGAGAGCGGAAUGCAGUUUUUUCGAAAAUUUACCUCAAGAUAUCACCACAGAUCAUAUUUCCAAAGUAGUUACGGCACAGAUUGGUAAGCAGCAGGAUAAAGGAUCACUCUACAUCCAGUACAAUCAAGAAGCAUCGUGCGCUAUCGUACUUGCUGCCAAAAAUUAUCAUAAAUGGGCGAAUGUCAGUUAUAUCGUUUAUAAAGAUCAAGUUUACAACAAAAAAACCGAAUUGACUUUUCGGGUUGUUCUCAAUCCAAUUCCUCGUUCUAUAUCUAUUGAGCUCAUCGUAAAACACCCAAUAUUUAAGAAUGCUGUCACUAACUACAAGGUGAUCGGUGACCAUGCUAUUGUUCACCUCCAGGACAAAUCGGUGUAUGAUGCAUGUUUAACUCAUCAGGGAUUGAUUGUACAAAAUCAUCAAAUUUGCAUUGAUCCAUACACAGUCAUCGUUGACAAUCCAGAAAAUAGUGAGAUCAAUGCUCGAACCUGGUACGAAACAAAAAUGCAGGGUCUCAAGCCUGAUAUUAUGCAAUUCGUAGUGAAUCCAAACCAUGAGAUUUUCAAGUAUAAAUGGAAUCCUCAAAUUUGGCUCGACCACUUUACGAGUGUCAGUGGGAUAAAUAAUCGGGAAAGUGACACCAAAAGACGUUUGUUGCGUAAUACGGCAAUGCUCAACAGCAUUGGUAUAGUUCGCAAGAAAAUUUAUACUUUAGGAGAUGGAAAAAAUAAAAAAGAAAUCAAGUUGAGUACUAAACCAAUAUAUACCGUUAUCUACACUCACAAAUCGAAGUUGACCUUACAACGAGUAACAAACACUCCGAUUAGCUCUCCACUCUCCUUGACUGAAGUAAAAGUCGUUGAAGAUGACUGUUUAUAUGUUUAUGCGACACUCACAGCAGAGGGAUAUCGUCCAGUAUUGCUCAACAUGGCCAAUGCUGAAACGUCUGGUGGCGGAUAUCGACAUGGAGCUGCAGCUCAAGAAGAAAACCUGUUUCGACGAUCGGACAUUUAUCUCAGCCUUGACGCAGAACUCGAUGACACGCAUAGAACUAAGCGGUAUUGGUGCACAAAUGAUGCCAAGGAAAAGUUAUUAGAAGCAAAUGAUAAAAUAUACCCAAUACAAGAGUUUGGUGCGAUCUAUAUAUCAGGUAUCACUGUGUUUCGUGAUGUGGAAGACAAGGGCUAUGCUCUUCUUGAAGACCCUCUUUACAAUGUCAAUGUUAUAGCUUUGCCUGCUUACCAGCAGCCAGAGCUAAAACACAAUAAUGAGGUGCUACUUACAGGAAAAUAUGCCGCCGGUACACGAAAGAAAAUUGAAAACUUUUUUGCUAUUGCUCAUAAACAUGGGCAUGAUAGUCUCAUUCUAUCAGCGUUUGGCUGUGGUGCAUUCAAGAAUCCACCUUUUCAUAUAGCUUUGCUAUUCAAGUCGGUCAUCGAGCAGUAUGCUGGAUACUUCAAAACAAUCUACUUUGCCAUUAUCGACGAUCACAACACGGGUAAUCGACUAAAUCGCAAUGGAAACUAUAAGCCAUUCAAGGAUAUAUUAGAUGGACUCAAUGUGCCAGCUUCAAGUAAACAACUGGAUGUCAAUAUGGCCACAGGACCUUUCCGAGUCAUCGGUAAAGAUCAUGUUAAGAUGACUAUUGGCGAAGUAUCCAUUUUCGGUUUAAACCCAUGCCAAUAUGGAGCUGAAUGUAAUGACUUGGACGAUGAACAACAUUGUCGUUCUUAUUCACAUCCACCAUUAUGUCAUCAAUCCGAUUCAUGCGAUCAAGUGAAAAAAGAUGAAGUGCAUAAAAACUUCUUUAUCCACCGCACCAAAUGUCAAUAUGGUGGUCAAUGCAAACAGAUCAAAGACGAAAAGCAUCUACGCCAAUAUGACCAUCCCGAAUAUUGUCCUCAAGCUAGUGGUUGUACAGAUAUGAGUAAAACCCAUUUAAAGAACUUUUGCCAUUUACCACUUUGCAAGGAUGGUGGUCCAAAUAAGUGUGCAUUGUUUCGUAAGAGUGAUCUUGAACAUUGUCGUUCCUUUCGUCAUUGUAACCCCAUAUGUCCUUUUGGUGGUAAUUGUGUCCAGUAUCAUGUUGAAGAUCAUUUUAAAAACCAUUCACAUCCGUUUAAAACACCUUGUCCCCGGACGCCAUUUUCGUGCCAAUACCAUGUCGAGUUUUUACAAGCGAAGGAAGAACCUGCUGCAACAUUCAGAAAAGUCGUCGAAGAUCAUUGUAGUGAAUUCUCACAUGUUUGUCCAUUUGGACGAGAAUGCACUGAUACAACAAAACACCAUGCCUCUGUUUCGAUUCACAUUGCACGAAUAGUUUGUCCGCAGUUAGAUCAGUGUUCAAUGAUAACAGACGAAGAACAUUUAAAUUCGUUUUCUCAUCCCGGCGUGCAUGACAUUCGUUAUUUAUGUAAAUAUCCAAGAUUCAAAUGUCGAGAUCGAUCGAAUAAUAAACACAUGAAACGUUAUCGCCACACUGGUAAUUAUGAUCACUUCGGUGUGGCACACUAUACUGGUCUCAAUAAACGCAUCGAUUUUGUACGAAAUCAAGAGGAAAUCACAAAAGCAGUUCACACCUAUAUUAAAUCAGAAAAUUGGAGACACUCGAACAAUGCCAUUCCGGAAGAAAUUACUAAUUGGAUUCGGGCAUUGCCGCCUGUUCAUCGGUGCAGCAAAGCUAUUUUUGAAUCAAUUCUUGUUCAUGGAAAUGUUAUGAGUAGAGAUUAUAUGAAUCAAUUGUGUAAUCCACCAUUUGUGGUUAAUGCUGUUGAGCAGAAUGAUAAAAUACGAACGAUAUUAGCUCCACAAAAUUCUGUAGCACUUCGAAGUCAUGCUCACGAGUUCAUUGAAGUGCUAGUGACCAUCGAAUUUUAUAGAGCUGAUCCCAGUAAAUCAGCUUACUUAGUAAACGAUGAGCAAGUAAAUAAAAUCAAAAUAAAAGAAGCACAAUUGUCAGGCUUUCUGAAAUCAGACGAAAUACAAAUCAUUCGAUCAUGUGCCAUAGAAAUUGCCCGAGCUUCUUUGAAACUGAAUAAUAAUCCAAUGGGAAUCGCAUUUCCGCCUGAUAUUGAGCUUGGCACAAAUAAACAUGUCUUUAGCGUAUUGGGACCCAAUCGGGGGUAUUACUACGGCGAUGUUUUUAUUAUUUUUAAACGUGAGAUUAUGCAUCACCCAGAUGCUAAUUUUUCCAUCCAAGCUGCCACCACAUACGGCCAAAGCACCAAUGCAUACAGAUUUAGGCCCUGGUUAAAGGAUCCGGGCACUCCUCAAGAUCGUAUAGGUGACUUUCAUCGAUCAAAAUUGCACUGUUCAAUACCAGGUUAUGAUAAUGCGGCUGCUAUAGAACUUGUGGCAUUGAGUGGGCUAGAGAAAAAGACAUUGAAUGUAAAUCUCAGCGAUAUUCAAAAACGAUGGAUGUCCGUAGACGCACAUCUUGUAUUCGAAGCUCAUUUACCACAGCUGAUACCUUUGAACUACAUCGAUUGUGUCUACAUACCUAAAAAUUUAUUCCAAUCAAUGACACCAUUUGCUCAAGAAGUAGCCAAAAGCAUUUUUGGUGAUCGUCUUAUUCUUGCACCAUUCAAUGUUAAUCUUGGAAUUGAGAAAUCUAUGGAUCCUACUCGCAUACCUUAUGAAAAAUUUGUAAUUGAUGAGAUCGCGAAAAAAAUCACCCAGAAUCACUCAUAUUCACCUUUUGGUACUCUUAUCACCUUCCCAGCUCACAAAUUUGAGCAACAUGUUUGUAUGCCAAUUACUAUUUCCCAAUCAUAUCGACAACAUCAGCGCCAUGAAAGCCAAAGUGAUACUAUAUACAUUUACUUGCAAGCAAUGGGUGGUGAUAUGAUGCUGACUCUCUCUAAUAAGUCAGUUGAUCUGAAGGACAAACAGUCAAAUCUUGCCUGUUUGAUCUGCUACAUCGCCGAAAAGCCAACAAAGCAAGCUGAUGAUACCUAUCGUGAAUCCUGUUCGUACAUCACAUGUGGUCUUCCAUAUCAUCAUGAUAAGAUCGUGAACCAUCGCUCCGACAUGAAAGCUAUGUCAUCUUCGUUCCAUCGUGGUUGCAACACUGAUGACUUCAUCAUUUAUUGUCUUGAGAUUAAACCACAAACGGGUAAAGUUAUACUGAAACAUGCUGGUUCGAAUAAUAUUUACAGUCAUCAGAAAAUUGCUUAUACAUUCCAACGAUCUGAACUUGACUUGUCCUCACUUGAAUAUGUCCACUUC